AUGUCGAACGCCCAGUCCUUCACUUUCUCCGCCGCCGACGACGGCGACAACGACCGUCCGGCCCUCUUCCCCGUCAUCGACCCCUCGCGCCCCGUGCCGCUCCUCGGGCCCAUCGGCGUCAUGACUUCGGACUUGCGCUUCGCCAAGACACACCUGUCGCCGGAGGAGCAGCGUGCGAGGUGGCUUGCGGAGCAGAAGGCGGGGCAGGGGGGUGCGGCGGGCGGCGAGGGCGAGGGCCAAGGCGCGGGCGAGGAGGAGGGCAAGGCUGAACGCGCCGCCCACCUUCUUGCAGCCGACCCAGCCAACCCGAAGUCGCCGUUCGUCGCCAACACCGCCGCCGGCGGCGGCGUCCCGCUCGCGAGCGUCCUCUCGACCGAGGAGCAGCACGUCCAGUGGCGCGACGAGCAGGAGAAAGAGAGCGUCGGGCAGGGCGAGGGCGAGGCCGAGCAGGCGGGCGGCGCGGCCUGA